AUGCCAUCUCCCCCCGCCCUUCGCAUCACAACCGACUCCCUCGGCCUCCUCUUCACUCUCGUGACCGGCGCCAUGGCGAUUGCCACCGUGUGCAUCACCGGUCAGCACGAGCUUAUCAUGAGCGCGUAUGGUAAUGCGUACAUCGCCCAGAGUGCCUGGGCCUUCUUCGCCACCGUGUUGUACAUAUCUGACCUCGUCGUGACGGCGGUAAAGCCCAGCUCGAGGGUUACCUCCCUCCUCUCCGCCUCUGUGUGGCGCGGCUUCCUCGUCGUAUCAGGAACCGCCAUCAUGGGAUACUACUGCAUCGUAUUCACCGCUGUGCCCGAGUGCAUCGCCCGCACCCCUCCAUAUCAGCGUACCACCAGCACGGACGCCAACUGCCUGCUUCCGCUUGCAUCGGGAAUUGUCGGGUGGAUCACUGUCGUUAUUCUCGCCUUGUCGCUCGUGGUCGAGAUCUGCACUCUUCGUGGCCAGUCGAACGAUUGGUGCGCCCCGCUCGCCGCCCUCCAGACAGCCGAGGAUGACGCGUUGCUCAAUUCCGUGGCCAAGGACUAG